AUGGUUCAAGAUUUUGUUUCUCUACCAAACGCAGAAGCCUACGCUGUCAAUUGUGGCUCUGUUUUCUCAAUGUUCACCUACGCGUUCGCUGCCAUAGGACAGUACGACAUCAUCCCAAUAAAGAAUAUUCCCUCUAUGGAAUCUUGUUACACUCAUGAGUUUAAACAGAUGAAAAGUCAGGUUGCAAACUACGUACUCAAAGGAGAGAAGAAGAUUUGGGCAGUGGGGCCCUUGCACCAAACGACAGUCUUUAAGGAGGCCAGAGAUGAUGACAAGUGCUUAUUGGAGUGGCUACACAAACAAGAGCCCAACAGUGUCUUGUAUAUAUCUUUUGGAACAACUACUACUUUUUCUGAGGAAAAGAUCAAAGAGAUUGCUCUUGGUUUGGAGCAGAGUGGGGUAAAGUUUAUGUGGGUGUUGAGAGAUGAAGAUAGAUUAGAUAGCUUCAGCAAUGGAUACAAGGGUGAGCUAUCUAAACUUCCAAGUGGGUUUGAGGAAAGAAUGAGGGGAAAGGGAAUGGGAAUGGUGGUGACGAAAUGGGUGUCCCAAGUGGAGAUUUUAGGGCACAAAUCCAUAGGUGGGUUUAUGAGUCAUUGUGGAUGGAACUCAUGCAUGGAAAGCAUAAGUAUGGGAGUGCCUAUAGCAGCAUGGCCAAUGGAAUUUGAUCAACCUGUGAAUGCUCUCUUACUUACGGAAGUUCUCAAAGUGGGUGUGGCUGUUAUGGAAUGGGAUCAGAGAGAUGAGUUGGUGACUUCAUCCAUGAUUGACAGAGUUGUGAGGACAUUAAUGGCCUCAGAGGAAGGUGGUGAGAUCAGAAAGAAGGCUGAGGAGUUGGGUGCUAAAGUUAGAAAGUCUACAGCUGAAGGAGGAGUCACUCGUAUGGAAUGGGAUUCUUUCAUUGCCCAUAUAACGAGAUAG